UGUACCCGAUAUGUCUACUCCAGUUUCUCAGGUGGAUACGCAGUUUACAGACACACAGGGUAAACAUGGUGACGGUGGCAAGAACAUGCCGACCAAUACAAACGUCACUCCUAAAGCAACACCACACAUGGAUCCUGACGCGCCGAUAUUUGAUGCGACACCGCAAAUCAAGUCUACUGGCGGCGUACAACAAGUGGCAGAAACAGACUUGCCUGACAGUGGUCCAUGCUUUGAUCAGACUCCAUCUGAACAUGUUUAUGUUGAAACCGAUCCAGCUACAAACACUCCACAGGUUGGCCAGGCUUCUCUUGAUUCGGAGAUGCAAACUGUGUUAGCUCUACGCGAAUAUUUGUGUGGUCUGCAAUCUGACACCGGCAGGACCAUAAUAGAUUAUGGUGAAUAUUCAGCGACAUGUUCUGACAUAUAUGAAUCUUUUGCCGAUGGGAAGUGUCUCGACAAUGGAUUCAUGCAGUGUUUCAUCCAAUGUGUUAUUGAUGAUGCAAAAAAUCAGCACACUUCCAUGAGUUCGAACAGUUUGGUUCUUGAUGUUAAUGUUGGGGUAAACUAUUGUAACUUACAUACACCAUUUUCAUAUACAAAUUAGAUCAACCCAAGUACACUCACUCCAUUUAUAUUGUUUAUUGCAGUCAAUACUCAACUUUGAGGAACAGGAACGACACAGUCGCAAUCCUCAACCUUUUGAUGAAUCUGUACUCCACACACUUCUAGACAAUUCAUUGCCUGAGACAGAUGAGUUGGACCAAUACAAAGCGGUAACAAUCCUAUUUCAUAAUCCAAACACAAUUCCUUUUAAAUGUAACAUAUCACAUUGUUAUGCUUUUGUAAGUUACCCUGUUAAUUUUAUGCUUUUUUUA